UGCCACCCCCGCGGGGACAGCGCCGGGACCCCCCUGGCGUGGCCCCCGCGUCCCCGGCCGUGUCCCCCGCGCUGUCCCCGGCCGUGUCCCCCGUGUCCCCAUGUCCCUGGCGCUCAAGGCCCGGCAGCGGGCGAGGCGCAAGGGCGGCUCCCGGGAGCGGCUCUUCGGCUGCGACCUCCAAGAGCAUCUCCAGCGCUCGGGGCAGGACGUGCCGCAGGUGCUCCGGAGCUGCACGGAGUUCGUGGAGCAGCACGGGGUGGUCGAUGGCAUCUACCGCCUGUCCGGGGUGUCCUCCAACACACAGCGGCUGCGGCAGGAGUUUGAGGCGCAGCGCAGCCCGGACCUGUCGCGGGACAUUUACCUGCAGGACGUUCACUGCGUCAGCUCCCUGUGCAAGGCCUACUGCCGCGAGCUGCCCAACCCCCUGCUCACCUACCAGCUCUACGACAAGUUCGCCGAUGCUGUGGCCAUCCAGAUGGAGGAGGCGCGGCUGGUGAAGAUCAAGGAGGUGCUGAAGGAGCUGCCGGCGCCUCACUACAGGACGCUGGAGUUCCUGAUGCGGCACCUGCUGCGCAUGGCGGCGCACAGCGGGCGCACCAACAUGCACGCCAGGAACCUGGCCAUCGUCUGGGCACCCAACCUGCUGCGCUCGAGGGACAUCGAGGCCUCGGGGUUCAACGGCACAGCGGCGUUCAUGGAGGUGCGCGUGCAGUCCAUCGUGGUGGAGUUCAUCCUCACACACGUGGAGCAGCUCUUCGGGGACGCGCCGCUCCCAGGCAGGGACACCGCGGGGACACCGUGGGGACAUCCUGGGGACACCGCAGGGACACUUCCCCGUCGCUCGCUGCUCCUGCCCGGGGGUGUCCCCCCCCUGCACGUCCCGGCCGUGCUGAGCCAGGGCGAUGGCCCCCCCCAGAUGCGGCCCUACCACACCAUCAUCGAGCUCAGCGAGCACAGGAGCAAGGGCUCCCUCAAGGCCAAGAAGUGGAGAUCCAUCUUCAACCUGGGCCGCUCCGGGCACGAGGCCAAGCGGAAAUCGGGGAAGGCGGAGGAGAAAGAGAAGUGUGGGAAGGUCACUCUGCGGCCGGCAAAGAGCAUGGACUCGCUCAGCUCCGGACCGUCCGGCCCGGAGGCGGCGCGGUUGCUGCCGAAGCUGUCGGUGAAGCUGCGGCCGCAGCGGCAGCACAGCUCGGACGAGACCCCCGCGGCCCCGGAGCCGCCCCCGGAGCUGGACGAGAGCCUGGAGGAGCCGCUGGAAGCGGCGGCCGAGAGCAGCACCAAGUCGGAGCCCACCACCCCCAAAGCCCCGCGGCCGGGGCCGGGGGUCGGCGGCCGCUCCCGCGCCGAGAAAUGCGCGGGGCUGCACAUCUCGGGCCCCUUCUCGGUCACCGUCCCCUUCCACAUCACCUCCAACCUGUCCCGCCUCACCCGCGGGCUCCCGUGCCCCGCGCUGGAACGGGAACAGAGCCCCGGCAGCGCCCCCGAGCCCGCCCCGGAGCCCCGGCCCCGCUCCGAAGAAGCGGAGCAGACCCGGCUCUCCCUGGAGCUCCGCGACUCCUUCGCCUUCCUGGACGGCCCCGAGACGUGGCUGGAGGGCGGCGGGGACACGGAGGCGGCGGGGAGCCCCGGCACCGGGGAUGAGACCUUCAGGAUGGAGGAUGGGACCCCCGGGAUCGAGGAUGGGACCCCCGGGAUCGAGGAUGAGACCCUUGGGAUCGAGGAAUGGACACUCGGGAUCGAGGAUGGGACCCCCGGGAUCGGGGACGGGUUCCCGGCCCUGGAGGAAGGGAUGGAGAGCGGGUUCAUGAACCCAGGUGAGUGCUGGGCGGAGCAGCCCGACAGUUACCUGUCCAUCGAGGAGUGCACAGAGCAGGACAUGUUCUUCCUGGCCCCCGGCGCCUCCGAGCCCGACUCCGACCCCGACGAAAUCUUCCUGAGUGCCCACGACGAGCUCAGCCCCCUGGGGACCCCCGAGGGACCCCCGGGCGAGGGGACAGCCCUGGAGACCCUGGAGAACCCAGAGAUCCUGGAGAGCCCAGAGAUCCCGGAAAUCCCGGAGAUCCCAGAAAUCCCAGAGAUCCCAGAAAUCCCAGGGACCCCAGAGAUGUCAGAGACCCCAAAAAUCCUGGAGAUCCCUGAGAUCCCAGAGAACCAAGAGAUCCCAGAGAUCCCAAAAAUCCCGGAGAUCCCAGAGAUGUCAGAGACCCCAAAAAUCCCAAAACUCCCGGAGAUCCUGGAGAACCGAGAGAUCCUGGAGAUCCCAGACACCCCGGAGAUCCCAAAGACCACAAAAAUCCUAAAAGUCCUGGAGAACCUGGAGAUCCCAGAGAUCCCAGGGAUCCCAGAGACCCCAAAAAUCCUGGAGAUGCCAGAGAUCCUGGGGAGUCCAAAAGUCCUGGAGAUCUCAGAGAUCCCAAAAAUCCCAAAAGUCCUGGAGAUCCCAGAGAUCCCGGAGACCCCCGAAAUCCCAGGGAUUCUGGCCCAAACACCCCCAGAAAAGGAUGGUCCAGGAUUGGGGGACCCCCCCCAGCACCCCCAUGGGGAGGGGGCUGCAGAGGGAGACCCCAGCCCCAGGAGGGGGGUGUGGGGUGAGGGAGGAGGGCCUGGGGGUCCCGCUGGGAAAGGGGGUGCGGAUGGAGCUGGAUCCCAGCCCCUCAUCCUGGGGGAGGGGGAUCCCUGGGAUUUAGGGGGGUCUCCUCCAGCCCCAGCCCUGGCUGAGCCCGCCCAAGAGCCCCCCAAGCCCCCAGCCCUGGGGUCUGUUCCCAGGGGGGUCCCAGACGGGGCUGGUGUCGCCCCCGGGACCACCCCAAGCUCCCCCUCUCCCCCUGCCCUGGCCCCCAAAAACCUGGAGCUGACCCAGGACGAGCCCCCCAAAAACCUGGGGACCCCCAGGCCCUCGGAGCUGAUCCAGGAUGGGUCCCCAAAACUGAUCCGGGAUGAGCCCCCCAAAUCCCUGGAGCUGAUUUGGGAUGAGCCCCCCAAACCCCUGGAGCUGAUCCACACUGAUCCCCCCAAAUCCCUGGAGCUCCCUGGACCCCUGGAGCCCCCAAAAUCCCUGGAGCCGACUUGGGAUGAGCCCCCAAAAUCCCUGAAGCUGAUCCAGGAUGAGCCCCCCAGAAUCUCAGAGCCCCCCAGACCCCUGGAGCCGAUCUGGCAUGAACCCCCCAAAUCCUGGGACACCCCCAAAUCCCUGGAGCCGAUCUGGGGUGAGCCCCCCAGACCCCUGAAUGUGAUCCAGGAUGGUGCCCCCCAAUCCCGGGACCCCUCUGGACCCCCAAAUCUGAUCUGGGACAGGUGCCCCAAAUCCCUGGAGCCGAUCCUGGCCGAGGCCCCCAAAUCCUGGGACACCCCCAGACCCCUGGAGCCGAUCCUGGCCGAGGCCCCCAAAUCCUGGGACACCCCCAGACCCCUGGAGCCGAUCCUGGCCGAGGCCCCCAAAUCCUGGGACACCCCGGUACCCCCCAAAUCCGACCUGGGACGGGCGCCCCAAAUCCCUGGGGCUGCUCCUGGCCGAGCCCCCCAAAUCCCAGGACCCCCCGGGACCCCCAGAUCCGAUCCGGGACGGGCGCCCCAAAUCCCUGGGGCUUCUCCCAGACCCCCCCCGCAGCUCCCGCCGCCCCCUCCCCAUUUUGGGGGCGCGGGUGAUGCUGGCCCGGGCCGUGCCCGUGGUGCCCCCCAAACCCCACUUUGCCCGUGCCCUCCCGGGACCCCCGGGAACCCCCCAAAUCCCCCUGGGAACCCCAAAAUUUCCCCCGGCACCGCCAGGGACCCCCCCAAAUACACCUGGAACCCCCCCAGAUCCCCUUGGGACCCUCCCAAAUCCCCCUGGGACCCCCCCAGGUCCCCCCGGGACCCCCUGGCAGCCCUGGGGGGGGGCGAGCGCUGAGCGUGGGCAGGGCCCCCCCAGAGCAGAGUGCAAAUAAAUAAUGAUAAAGUGAGAAUGAAAUUAUAAUGAAAUGAUAAUAAUAAAAAUACCAAGGUGAGAAUUCCA